GAUGCUUCCUGUGAAAUCACCUUUGUUAUAUAUAUGUGCAGGCAACACUGGGUUUUUUUCCAACUAUAAAUUGGAGAAAGCUGGUUAGGUGAGAGACCAAUUUUAUUUUGGGUCUUCAGGUUUUGGUGUAUAUUUAUAAUUUAUAAUAUGUGAAAAGUCAGCGAAGGUGGUUCUUGUUGUAAAUUUUGAAAGAAGGAGUUGGAUGGGUGGAGAGGGACGACAAUACGUGGUGGGUUGAGCACAAAUAUUGGGAGUUCAGAAGCCAAAGAAAAGGAAACAUCAAGGUGACGACUAACAGGCAUAAAUAAGAGAAGCCCCAUUUCUGAUCAAGUGCACAUCUUGGUGCUUCUGAUCUUGUUACGGUGUAGAAGAGCCUGGGAAAUUCUGGUGUUCCUCCUGUCUUUUUCAAGUACAUUAGUCAAUCCAAUCCUGCUUCCCAAAUAUUGUCUUAUUAAUUGGCAAUGGGGGCUGUAGUGGGAAAGGCCAAUAGUGGGAGUCUUUCGAUAUCUGAAACAAAGCUGGAAGCCAAAAUGGUUGAAGCUAUGCAGCGAAGAGCAGCUAAAGGAAGUGUCAUGAAAUCAUUCAACAGCAUAAUCUUGAAGUUCCCAAAGAUUGAUGAGAGCUUAAGAAAUUGCAAAGAUAUUUUUCAGCAGUUUGAUGAGGAUUCAAAUGGCAUCAUUGAUCAUGAUGAAUUGAAAAGAGCUUUCUCAAAACUGGAAGUCUCGUUUACAGAUGAGGAAAUCGAUGAUCUCUUUGCAGCAUGCGAUAUUAAUGAGGAUAUGGGAAUCAAGUUUAAUGAGUUCAUCGUUCUUAUUUGCGUUGUCUUUCUUCUGAAGGAUGAUCAGAAUGCUGGGCAAAAAAAAGUGGAUAUGGGAAUGCCAAAGCUGGAGGCCACCUUCGAAACAUUGGUGGAUGCAUUUGUGUUCUUGGAUAAGAACAAGGAUGGUUAUGUCAGCAAGAGUGAAAUGGUUCAGUCCAUUAAUGAAACUACAACAGGAGAACGCUCCUCUGGGCGAAUAGCCAUGAAAAGAUUUGAAGAGAUGGACUGGGAUAAAAAUGGAAUGGUGAACUUCAAGGAGUUCCUUUUUGCAUUCACUCGAUGGAUUGGAAUUGACGAUCUUGAGGAUGAGGAUGAAGACUGAAGGUGAAGAGAAGGUCUGAUAUUUAGAGCAAGUCAGGGAAGCUGCUGUCUAUGCUUUUACAAUAAUGGCCCAGUUGAUAUAGAGCAUGUAGAAUGAUAUAAUCAUUCCUUCUUUGAGAUCACCUUGUAAAUAUUUUGAAGCAUAUUCCAAUUCUCUUGCUGUUAAGGAUUCUUCUUUUAGUUGAUACUUUCAUGAAAUGCAGAUCUGUAGUAGGAUUUUCGGGA